AUGUAUCCCACGGGUCCCCCGGCCGGCCCGGCCACACGCCGCGGCCGCCACCCCGCGCCCGGACGCUCCGCGCCGACGCCGCGGCCCCCCGCGCCCGCCCCGGCCCCCGCCUCGCGGCCCCGCGUGGCGGUGAAGAUGGCCUUCCGCAAGGCCUACUCCAUCAAGGACAAGCUGCAGGCCAUCGAGCGCGUCAAGGGCGGCGAGCGGCAAGCCAGCGUGUGCCGCGACUUCGGCGUGCCCGGCGGCACGCUGCGCGGCUGGCUCAAAGACGAGCCGAAGCUGCGCUGGUUCCUGGAGCAGCUGGGCGGCGAGGUGGGCACGCAGCGCAAGAAGAUGCGGCUGGCCAACGAGGAGGAGAUCGACCGCGCCGUGUACUCGUGGUUCCUGGCGCUGCGCCAGCACGGCGUGCCGCUGUCGGGGCCGCUCAUCCAGGCGCAGGCCGAGGCCUUCGCGCGCCAGAUCUACGGGCCCGAGUGCACCUUCAAGGCCAGCCACGGCUGGUUCUGGCGUUGGCAGAAGCGCCACGGCAUCUCCAGCCAGCGCAUCUACGGCGAGGCCGAGCCCCCGGCCGCCGGCCCCGCGCCCAGCCCGCCGGUCAAGCAGGAGCCCGCACAGACCCCAGGCGCCGGCCCCCUGCCCGGCCGCGCCCCGGCCCCGCCGCCCCCCGCCGAGGGCGGCUAUGGCGAUGAGCAGAUCUACAACGCCAACGUCACUGGUCUUUACUGGAAGUUGCUUCCGGAGCAGGCUGCACCCCUGGGCGCGGGGGGCUGUGGCCGGCGCUGGCGGGGCGACCGGGUGACGGUGCUGCUGGCCGCUAACCUGACUGGCAGCCACAAGCUGAAGCCGCUAGUCAUCGGGCAGCUGCCGGACCCGCCCAGCCUGCGCCACCACAACCAGGACAAGUUCCCGGCCUCCUACCGCUACAGCCCAGACGCCUGGCUCAGUCGCCCGCUGCUGCGGGGCUGGUUCUUCGAGGAGUUCGUUCCCGGCGUCAGGCGCUACUUACGUCGCAGCUGUCUGCAGCAGAAGGCUGUGCUGCUGGUCGCCCACCCGCCCUGCCCAAGCCCAGCCGCCAAGAUGCCUGCCCUGGAAGAGAGUGAGGAGAACCCCAGGCGGUUCCGACCUGAGCCCCUCAGCCCUCCAGAGGAGCUGCAGACCCCUGACGGGGCUGUGCGGGUGCUGUUCCUGUCCAAGGGCAGCAGCCGAGCGCACAUCCCUGCGCCACUGGAGCAGGGAGUGGUGGCUGCCUUCAAGCAGCUGUACAAGCGGGAGCUGCUUCGGCUGGCCGUGUCCUGCGCCGGGGCCUCCCCGCUGGACUUCAUGCGCAGCUUCAUGCUCAAGGACAUGCUCUACCUGGCCGGCCUCUCCUGGGACCUGGUGCAGGCUGGCAGCAUCGAACGCUGCUGGCUACUGGGCUUGCGGGCCGCCUUUGAGCCUCGGCCAGAGGAGGAGUGUGCUGGGCUACCAGCUGGCCAGGUUGAGGAGAAUGCUGAGCACAGCAGGGUGCUCAGCGACCUCACACAUCUGGCAGCCUUGGCCUACAAGCGCCUGGCCCCCGAGGAGGUGGCUGAGUGGCUGCACCUGGAUGAUGAUGGGGGCCUGCCUGAGGGCUGCAGAGAGGAGGCAGGCCCUGGCCGGCCUUCUUCCUUGGUCUCUGUGGCUCCUCCACCCUCUGGCAUCCUGUCUUCUGUCAUGGAGGGGGGAGAGGAGGAGGAGGAGGCUGCUGUGCCCACUGCUGGGGAAGCUGUUCGGGGUCUGGAGACAGCUCUUCGGUGGCUGGAGAGCCAGGACCCCCAGGAGGUGGGGCCUCUGAAGCUGGUGCAACUGCGGUCACUGAUCAGCACAGCCAGGAGGCUGGGGGGCAUUGGGCCCUCUCCUGUAGCCCCUGAUGAUGGGGUGUGACCAAGCCAGUCCUGUUGGCUCCCCAGGGGCCUUUGUCCUGCUGCACCUGGAGGGAGGGGACACACAGUUUCCCUCUGCCCUCCUCCCCUCCCCUGGAGUGGCCCACCCCAUGGCUAGGGGUUACAGGGAUCCCAGCCCCAGUAGGCUUGGAGGGGCUCUGUUGGAAGGGUCAUCCUGCUCCACUGGUCCCCCAGUCUCCUGGGAGGAGCUGGAAGAGAGGCCCUGGGCUCAUGCUCCUCCCUGAGCAAGCAGGUGGGGUCUGUGGUCUCAGCUAGGAGCCCUCCCACACACACUUGGUUUGCACACACCACAGCACUUAGCAGAGCACAGUGUGCUGUGUUCCUGACCUGGUCUCAUAGGGCUGUGGCCUCCAGCCGUUGCCACCCCUAACCUCCACUGUCAGCUUGCACUGAACAAGGGUCUUGUCCUCUUAUCCACCCUGAGCCCUGGUGUUGUGGUUUCUGUGCCACAACCACAGCCAUGGUUUCUCAGUGGGGAGGCACACCCCUCCGCUUUGUUUUUAUAGAAUUAAGUCAUUUUUACAGAUACUCUGGGGGAAGGGGAGCCUAGGCCCAGGCUUGAAGGAUGGCUCCAUGGGCUGGGAAGGGAGGGUGGUACCCAGCACUCAGGCCUCCUGAUGUUCUGGAUGCAUCGGGCAUAGAUUUCUGUUCCACUGAUACUUCUAAUUUUCCUUAAGAAAAUACAUUUUCUGAACAGCUUUCUUAUUCCAUGGGGUUGGCAUGCUGCUGGACAAGCUCCCUGGACUCUCCCAGCAGUCAUAGCCCACACUGUCCAGGGCCCAAGGCCACCCACCUACCUGAAGCAGGCCCCCUGACACUGACAGCCAUUCAGAACAAGUGCAGUGCCUUAGAGCCCCCAGCACCGCCCCUCCCUGGCACAGCCAAAGGCGUGGCUGAGCAGCUGCUUCCCCAGCCCAGGAAUUGGACUUCUGGGUGGCAAUUUGAAAGGGGAGAAGAGCCUCCUGUGUUCUGGCCCAGCUCUUCUAUGGUCUGCUGCCACGUCCACUGUGGAUUCAGAUCACUGCUGGCAGUCUGAAGCCCAGAGAUGCCUGUCCCUCCUAGGGGCUGCCUUGGCAGAGAUGCUGCCCAGAGCCCUCAUGAGGGUUAGGGGACUGGCAGUGGGGCACUGCCUGUCCCGGAAUCCUCUGCCCCAUGUCAUCUUGGUGUCCCCAGGCUGCAGACAGGUGGUGUUUGUGGAUGUCUGCACCUCAGGGAGGCAGCUAGAGGGUGCCCCUGAGCAAUUUCCACACAAGUCCAAGAACCUCCCCCAGUCAAAACACACAUCUGGAAUCUGAAAGCUGAGGGAAGGUGUGGAGAAUUUGGGAGCAAGGGAAGUGAGCCAGGCCCAGAGCAGUCACUCCAGGGAAGGCCCACCUGACACCUCCCGCCAGCUGUCUGGAGCCUGCACACCCAGAGGAGCCGUUGGCUGUCAGGCUGGCGCUGGAUCUGGCUUGGGGCUUCAGGCAUCCUGCCUUUUACAACAUCUGCUGCUCCUGCUCAUUGGGACCCAGGGCUAGGAGCCGCUGGGUGUGUGGGAGGCAGACCUCAGCACAGAUGGGCAGCAGGCGAGGGUGCACCUGAGGCUCCAUGUGGCCCAAGUGGUCUCUGGUAGGGACCCUUCAGCCUGCAUCAGCACUGUGCCUACUGGCCAAGGUUUCCAUCUCAGGUCUUUCUUCCCAGUCUGUCCCUCUGUGGGCCUGUGCAGGCGGCCUGGAUUUGGUAAUGAGGCCCACAUCGGAUCUCUUGCAUGCCUCUCGAGCUGCUUCACAUCACACCAGGCUCCUCCCAUCUAGGGGACUGCUGCUGCACCCCAAGAGGAGGCUCUGGCCUGUCUGGGUGUCCCUGAAUGGGGACUGUAAAACGAGGCCAGUCCAUGAUAGCCUGGGGCCUUGAGGAGCUAGUUUGAGUGCUAGCCAAGUUUGCUCUGCUGGGGAAGGGGAUCCUCUCACAAGAGAGCGUGUAAAGGUGUCCUCUCUAGAAUGGAGGUGCAGGUUGUUGCAUGUGCCUUGGGGCAGAAGCUGCAGGUGCCUGGCCCUGUGGGCAGUCCCACUAACAUGUCAUCAUAGUCCCAGGUUGCCCUGGGGCCCCAUCCCAGCCCUGCAUCUCCCUGGGCUCGGUGUGAAGUCAUGGGGCACCUGGGCAGACGCUUCCAGUGGGAGACCCAUUUGUCUCUGCGGCAUAGCGGCUGAAGUGUGCCCUGGUUGGUGGCCUCACUCCACAGCCUGCCCUCGGAGUUAUCUGCUGGGCCCAUGGGUAUUUGACCAUGUCACCCUGGUGUGUGAUGACCUGAGAAUGUGGUGGGUGACACUGGGUGGGGGGCUGGUGUGAUGCUGCUAGAACCCUUUCACCCAUUGUCCGCAAGCUGGAAACUUGCCCUGGAGGAUUAUACAUUCCCUGCCGUGGUGUGGGGACUCCUGUAGCCUGGGAGGUGCUUGGGGACAAAGUCAUCAGCCUCUCCCUAUCCUGUUAACAGCCCAUUGACAAAGGCAGUUAAAGUCACUGACCUUCCAGUGGCCCGUGGUCAGGGUCAUCGUGAGCUCCCCCAUGGGUUUGGCAGUGGGCGAGGAACAUAAAAGUAUACACAGGCUUCUGCUGAAAGCACCCCUGAUCUGCAUGUUUUGGGGGUGUGAGAUCAGCCUGCAACAGUCGGGGCAUGCUGCCUUACUGAGGGGGCUGUGUGCUUGGGAAGUGGCCCCCAGAUGCCAGCUGGCGGAUGAAAUGUCUGAGCGAGACGUAAGGAAGGGGAGUGCCCUCAAGCUGAGGGGUCCAGGGUCCAGGGAUCCCGGCCCAUUGGCCGAAGUGCAGGUUGGGAUUGCUGUGGGGAACCAGAUGGGAGCAGGGCCCUGGGCACAGUUUGGCCCAUGGUUAAGGGUGCCCACAGGUGAGGCCUAACUCCAGUGGUGUAUCCUUGACAGGACUGUGGGCUGGUGGGCAGCAUGCUCUGUGAGGGGCCCUUUCACAUUCAACCACACUGAUGGCAGAGUUCACUGGGUCAGACGGACCCAAUGUACUUUAUAAUAAAGGCUGAAAGUGUCAACUUCACCCUCACCCCUCUUCUAAAGUCUUGUUUGUGUACCUUUGACCCAGUGCUUGGACCUAAGAUGCAUGUUGAAGAAGUGGGGAGGGUAUAAAAGUGGGACAGUACUGCAGAAGGAGCCAUUGUCAUAUGUGCCAGUU